AUUGAUUUGCCCUCAAAUUCUCUGGGAGAGAGACAAAGAUUUGAAGCCGACAAAAGUGUUUGAAUCAAUCAAUCUGACAUCAAAUUCCUACUCCAAAUCAAUGGAAUCAUUCUGACAUACCAUUCCUACUCCCAAUCACUCUUCAUUAACAUUCAAACAAACCCUUCUCUUCAUUCUUAAACAACCUCUCUCCCUCUCUCAAAUUUCACCCGCUUCACGUUUCAUUCACGUCUCUACUUCCGUCUCGUUUGAAAUCGAAAUCGAAGAUGGUUAGUGCUGAUCUUGCUCGGUUUAUCGUCGGCGUUAUUGGCAAUGUCAUCUCGUUCGGUUUGUUUCUCUCGCCAUUACCAACGUUUUACCAAAUAAUUAAGAAGAAAUCAGUGGAGGAGUUCAAGCCAGAUCCUUAUAUUGCAACGGUGCUGAAUUGUAUGUUCUGGGUGUUCUAUGGCAUGCCAUUUGUUCAUCCGGACAGCAUGUUGGUCAUCACUAUUAACUCCGUUGGGCUUGUUUUGGAGAUGAUUUACUUGACCAUUUUCUUCAUCUUUGCUGAUUAUAGAGGCCGUACGAAAGUGUGCAUAUCCAUACUGAUCGAGCUCAUAUUCGUUUCGAUUGUCAUUCACAUAACCACACUUGCAUUGCAUGGAACAAAGAAUCGAUCGUUGUUAGUUGGAAUCGUUUGUGACAUUUUCAACGUCCUCAUGUAUGUCUCUCCUCUAACCAUCAUGAAAAAGGUGAUACAAACUAGGAGUGUAAAGUACAUGCCCUUCACUCUUUCAUUGGCGAACUUCUUCAAUGGUUGCAUCUGGACAUCGUAUGCUCUCAUCAAAUUCGAUAUCUACAUUUUGAUUUGCAAUAGUAUUGGAGUAGUUUCGGGUGUUCUCCAACUAUUUAUAUAUGCAUAUUACUCCAUAACGGGUUCAAAAGAGGAAGAAAUUAUAGAGAAAGAACCAACUAAAGAACCAACCAAGCUCCAACUGUCGGUGGUAGAAGCACCAUGCAAGGUCUAACAAUGUUGUCUUUUUAUCUUACCUUUUAUGCUUUGUAUUAUUCAAACCAACUGUUAUUAUUGUUUCGGAUUUUGAUU